AUGCUAUCAAAGUUGAUGGACUUUCUAAGCGCCUGUUGGCGGAGAAGAUCCUCGGCUCGAAAAUCAUCCGAUGUUUGCGGAAAGAAGGAAGGUUUGCUUUGGUACAAGGAUGCCGGCCAACACUUGUUUGGUGAUUAUUCCAUGGCGGUUGUGCAGGCUAAUAACCUGCUUGAAGAUCAGAGUCAGAUUGAGUCUGGUCCCCUUAGUUUUCUUGAUACUGGACCUUAUGGUACUUUUGUUGGUGUUUAUGAUGGUCAUGGUGGACCUGAGACUUCUCGUUUCGUUUGUGAUCACCUCUUCCAGCAUUUGAAACGAUUCGCGACUGAGCAGAAGUCUAUGUCUGUGGAGGUUAUUCGGAAGGCGUACCAAGCCACAGAAGAAGGUUUUCUGGGAGUGGUUACUAAGCAGUGGCCUAUAAAUCCUCAGAUUGCUGCUGUGGGAUCUUGUUGUUUGGUUGGUGUGAUUUGUGGUGGUUCUCUCUAUAUUGCGAACCUUGGUGAUUCUCGUGCCGUGCUUGGACGGACUGUUAAGGCAACUGGGGAGGUUUUGGCAAUCCAGCUUUCGCCAGAGCAUAAUGUGGCCAUAGAAUCUGUUAGACAAGAGAUGCAUUCCUUGCAUCCGGAUGACCCGAAAAUUGUCGUUCUAAAGCACAAUGUGUGGCGUGUGAAGGGUUUGAUACAGGUUUCUAGAUCCAUUGGUGAUGUAUACCUUAAAAAGGCAGAGUUUAACAAGGAACCACUGUAUGCUAAGUUUCGCCUUCGGGAAACUUUUAAAAGUCCAAUUUUGAGCUCUGACCCAUCCAUUUCUACACAUGAGCUACAAGAGCACGAUCAAUUUCUGAUAUUUGCCUCUGAUGGUCUUUGGGAACACCUUAGCAAUCAGGAUGCUGUUGAUAUAGUUCAAAAUCAUCCUCACAGUGGGAGUGCUCGGAAGCUGAUCAAAGUGGCUUUGCUUGAAGCGGCGAAGAAAAGAGAGAUGAGGUACUCUGAUCUGAAGAAAAUUGAUCGUGGUGUCCGCCGUCAUUUUCACGAUGACAUCACAGUUGUAGUAGUAUUUCUUGACUCGAAUCUUGUCAGCAGAGCGAGCACAGUAAGAGGCCCUCCUUUGUCACUGAGGGGAGCUGGUGUUCCCUUACCGUCUAGAUCUUUGGCCCCAAUGGAACUUCCAGGUCCUGGCUGA